UUGUCGUUAAUUUACAUUUUUACCAAUGCUCAUUUGGUCAACAUCAUAGGCCCAAGAACAUUUGCUUGGGUUUUUGAUUGACGCAAACGGUCUUUUCCUUCGCGAAAUUAUUUUAUUUAAUUAAUGUACCAAUCGUGGUUUUGUGAAAAAAUGAAGUGCUUAAUAUUACUCAGUUGUUUAGUGGCUUAUAGUCAUGGAAUUACCGAAAAACAGUCGAAAAAGCCGCAUAUUAUUGUUAUAGUUGCAGACGACAUGGGGUUCAACGAUGUAAGUUUUCACGGCAGUGAUGAAAUCCCCACUCCCAAUAUUGAUGCAUUGGCCUACAAUGGAGUAAUUUUAAAUAGUCAUUACACACAAGCAUUAUGUACUCCUUCUCGAGCGUCAUUUCUUACUGGGAAAUAUCCCAUUCAUUUAGGAAUGCAACAUUUGGUAAUUUUAGAACCCGAACCCUGGGGGUUACCACUUAAUGAAACUUUAUUACCUGAGCACUUAAAGAAAAAUGGUUAUACAACACGAGCUAUUGGUAAAUGGCAUUUAGGAUUUUAUAAAAAAGAAUACACACCAACUUAUAGAGGGUUUGAUAGCCACUAUGGUUAUUGGCAAGGCUACCAAGAUUAUUAUGAACAUACCGUACAUGCAACGUAUUCUGAAGAAAUGGGUUAUGAUUUUCGUAAUAAUAUGACUGUUGACUAUAGUGUUAAAGGUAAAUAUACAACCACCCUUUUAACUGAAGAAGCCGUCAAGACAAUUCGCGAACAUAAUACAGACGACCCAAUGUUUAUGUAUUUGGCACACUUAGCACCACAUGCAGGUAAUGACUGGUAUCCUCUUCAGGCCCCUGAUGAUGAAAUAGCAAAAUUUGCUCAUAUACAAGAUCCGGAAAGACGAAUUUAUGCUGCUAUGGUUUCUAUGUUGGACAAAAGUGUCGGAUCAGUAGUGGCCGCUUUAAGGGAAAAACAUAUGCUGGAAAACUCAAUUGUAAUUUUUAUGUCUGACAACGGAGCUGCUCCAGAAGGUGUUCAUGCAAACCAUGGAUCCAACUAUCCAUUUAGAGGGAUGAAAGCUUCUGCUUGGGAAGGUGCUAUGAGAAAUAUCGCUGCAGUCUGGAGCCCUUUGAUUAAGAAACCAAAACGAGUAUCUAAUAAUUUAAUGCAUAUUUCAGACUGGUUGCCUACACUAUUUUCUGCUGCAGGUUUAGAUCAUUCUCAAUUGUCUAAAGCCCUAGAUGGUAAGGACCAAUGGAAAUCUAUCUCUGAAGAUCAACCUUCGAGCAGAAUUGAAAUUCUCCACAACAUAGAUAAUAUAAUGAAGUAUGCAGCAAUUCGACAAGGUCCCUGGAAGUAUGUUUACGGAUCUGCCCAUAAGAUGGAAAAAGACAACUGGUAUGGAAAUAAUGGAAAAGACCCACUAUAUAAAUAUGACGAAGAAAGUGUUCUUCAUAGUAAAGUAGGAAAUGCAUUAUCCGGAUUUGUGACAUAUCAGCAAAUUCAGGAAAAAAAUAAAAACAUACACUUUUCCUCUAAACUAUUAAAUAUAAACGACAUAAAAAGAUUAAGAGAAAAUGCUACAAUAAAAUGUAAAGAACUAACACCAGAAGAUCAACUUGAAAGUAGUCAAUGUAAUCCAAUGAUUUCACCAUGUUUAUUUAAUAUUAAAGAUGAUCCCUGUGAAAGGGUCAAUCUAGCUUCUCAAAGACCAUUAAUUCUGAUUACGUUAGAACAAGAAAUUAUAAAGUAUACAAAAACAGCCCGGAAACCAAUAAAUAUGCCUAGAGAUCCCAACGCUAAUCCGGAUAAUUUUAAUGGCACCUGGACUAACUGGGGAGACCCUGAAGUUAUUGUCAGUAAAAAAAUAUCACCGAAGCCUCUGUCUCAUUUAGCAAUUGGUCUUAUUUCUGGGGCAUGCGUAGCAGUGCUACUAAUUAUUAUAAUUUUGCUUGCGGUUACGUGUAAAAAACCUUUAAAACAAAGUUGUAGCAAUCUUUAUACACUUGACAGUAAAUGCUUAGAAAACUCUGAAAAUUCUGAACAUCUCUUUGAAGAUAGAGAAAAGCAUCUUAGGAGUUGUACUAAAGACGAAUUUCGCGUAGUGUAGACCAAUCUGUAAAGCAUUAUUGAUAUUUUUAAAAAAAAUUUCAAACUAGUGCAAACAAUAUAUAUAUAAGUUCUUGUAUUUUUCUCAUAGAAAAAUUUUAAGAGCGUCAAUAGUAAAUUUAGUUAAUUUAUUGUAUAAUAGACUUUUAAAUAAAUAUGGUUUAUAUUUUA